AUUGAUAAUUCAAUUCACUAAUGAAACCUGACGAUACUCAAGAUGAAUCUAAUAUAUUAAAAAUCAUAGAGGAUAUAAGUAUGAAAAGAAUUUCAGACCCAUCAAUUCUACGUGAUCUAGGCCUACGGAUUUUUAAUAACAUUGAAAAUUUCUCAGACAAUUUUGAAGAUAUAAUAACCAAAUAUCUAAACGUUUAUCCCAAGACAUAUUCAUUGUUAUUUUUUAUACAAAAUUUUAAAAUAAAUGAAAUAAAGAUCAAUAUAUUGAAGAACUAUUUUGAAGAUUUAACUGAUGAAUUAUUUACUGAAAAUCUUGAUGAUAGUUUUUAUCGGAAUCAGUUAUAUUCUGAAAUAAUUGCAUUACCUCAUAAUAUAAAUACUUGUGAUAGUUUUUGGGAUUAUGAAAAAUUUAUUGAAUUUUUUUUUGGCAAAAUUAUUGAAUCAAUAAAGAAAUGUGAAUCAAAGCUUAUAUAUAUUUUAGAUAACUAUAGGAAUAUGGUGGAAAGAUUAUUACUUCUAUCUACUGAUUUAAAUAACAUAUUAAUAAUCAUGUUAGUUAAUAAUAUUAAUAAUGAAAAUAUUUUAAAUUUUUGGCACCAUUUGUUAAAAUAUUCCAAAAAAUCUAUAAUAGAAUUAGUAAUUUUACACUCUUUUUCUAUGGACCAGAAGAUUUAUGAAUAUGAAAUUUCUACCAAUAGUUGUCUCUUUAAAAAAUAUAUUUUGAUGCAAUUUAUUAACAAAUAUAUAUGUCAAAAAAUAUUUUUGAAUAAUAUAAUCUACCAUAAUUUAGUUAGUUAUAUUUUUAAUAUGGAAAACAAUUAUAUCUGCAAUGUUGUUGAAAAAUUAUGUGAUGAGUGGAGUGAAUUUAAUAACAUUUCUCAAGCAAGACAUAUCCAUUUAUCCAAAUUUAUGAUUACAGUCGGCAUUUAUAUGACACCUCAAUAUCAAAUAAAGUUUGCAGAUAUCAUUGUACCAAAAUUAUUGGAUGGGAUCUUGCGCCAUUUAGAUAGUCCUUUUGAAAUGGAUCGUAAAUUGGGGUGCGUCAUUAUAAAAUACCUCGCUAGCAAAAUGAUGACCGCGAAAUUUGAGUUUGAGGAUAUGCUGGAUCACGACUUCGAAUCCCGUUUUACUGAACUAUUAUCUAUAGCACAUAUUAGUGAACCUGCAGCUAAAGAAUACCACGAUACACAAAAAUUAUCAAUUCCAUGCUCUGAUCAAACUAUCAAAGAUAAUGAUAAUAAUUAUAUUAAUGAAAUUUGCCAAAAACAAAAUCUACCAUUACCCUGCUUAAACUUUAAUUUUGAUGAUAAUCGGAAUAAUCAAAUACCAUGUUUGGACGAAAUUAUUCAACAUUUAACCAUGUCCGAUGAUGACAAAAUAAAUGCAAAAAUUAGUAUUUACGGCAAUAGAUCCUUGAACAAUUCCACAUCCAAAAUACUACUCUUGCAAAACUUGCUUAAGGUCAUAUCGCUAGGGCCCAUAGAUUUUGAACAACAUUAUCAAUAUAUUUUUGAACUCAUAUUUUACCUAAAAACUCACGGGAAAGGGGAGAAACAACUUCGUUUUAGGAUAUUAUUCAUGAUUAUAACGCUUAAAUCAAAGGAAAUGAACGAUAUUCUUUCAAAAAAAUUUUUUGCUUACCCAUCAACAACCUAUAAUUUCACGCAAAAAUUGGAAAUUCUAUUAAUCAUUUCAUUGGUGGCCUCGCAUUUCAACAAAAGUUUAGGACGUCAUUAUCAAACUAUUUAUGGAAUCACCUUUUUCGAAGAUUUAUCAAAUUUUUCUAACGAACACGAUAUAAACAUUUCCUCUAUAUAUUUAGAAUCGUUAUUUGAAUGCAAAAUAAAUAGAGAUAUUGAAUUAUCUUCACUCGAAAUAUUUCUCUACCCAUGGCUCUACGAAUAUUAUAAGAUCAAGGAUAAAUAUAAAUCGGAAAAGAAUUGUAGGACCGAUUCCAAGGGUAAUUCUCUCAUCCUCGGGACCUUUUUAAAUUUUAUAUGCGAUAUAGCUCUCAUUUUUUACAACCAAUCGGGUAUCCAUUUUGCUUUAAAAGCUAUAUUCGAAAUUUUCGAAACCUAUCAUGAUUCGUCCGAAAAAUUUAUCAAGAGAUCUAUCCUUCAUAUUUAUGACAAAGUAUUUAGCAAUAUGGAUUCUAAAUCGUCAAUCAUAUCCUUAAAUUUUUUGGACGAAACAGGGGCCAUAAAAAAAUGGUUAAACCAGAGUAUUCAAAAUGAUAAUGACGAAAUUAAUAUAUUGUUAGCUUUUAAAAUUCUUGACAAAAUUUGAAAAACUAUUGGUAUAGAUAUAAUGUAACUUGAU